GAUCCUCAAAAAGCAAGAAGUGUUUUACUUGAUCAUUGAUGUGAGUCGUAGGAUGGAGAUUCCAGAAUUUCUCUAGGCCAAGCAGUAACAUAAAGAAGAGCUGUAGUAGAAGAGACAAGGAAAAAAGAAAAGCAGAGAAAUAUCUUGUUCUCAAUAUAUUUAUACACGGCUCCAUUGGCUACAUUUAUAUGAUUAUUGUAAACAGCCUUUUUUGGUGAAAAGAUAAGUUGAACCUUUUCAGCACAAGAUAACUUAUACAUCUUAAGUAAUGAUGACAAAGAAAAGCAUAUCUGCAAGCAGAGCUCCAUUGAUUCUCUUUCUCUGCCAAAUGAUUACAGCAUUGGAAGUACCUCUUGAUUCAAAACUUCUUGAAGAAUUGUCACAGCCUCCAACGAUAACUCAGCAAUCUCCAAAAGACUACAUUGUUGACCCCCGGGAGAAUAUUGUAAUACAGUGUGAAGCAAAAGGAAAGCCCCCACCUAGCUUCUCAUGGACACGUAAUGGAACUCAUUUUGAUAUAGAUAAAGAUGCACGGGUAACAAUGAAACCAAACUCAGGAACCCUUGUAAUAAACAUAAUGAAUGGUGGAAAGGCAGAAGCAUAUGAAGGCGUGUAUCAAUGUACAGCAAGGAAUGAACAUGGAGCAGCAAUUUCAAAUAAUAUUGUUAUACGACCAUCCAGAUCCCCAUUGUGGACUAAAGAAAAACCAGAACCAAAACAAGUUCAAGAAGGUGAUUCUUUAGUACUUCACUGCAGACCUCCAAUUGGAUUACCACCCCCUAUAAUAUUUUGGAUGGAUAAUUCAUUCCAAAGGUUGCCUCAAAGUGAAAGAGUUUCCCAAGGUCUAAAUGGGGACCUUUAUUUUUCUAAUGUACGACCAGAAGACACCCGUGAGGACUAUAUUUGCUAUGCAAGAUUUAAUCAUACUCAGACCAUACAGCAGAAGCAACCCAUUUCUGUGAAGGUUUUUUCAAUGGAUUCAAUGAAUGAAACUAUAGCUGCUAAUUUGAGUGACAGUGAUUUUUAUGGUGCAAGGUCAGUUACAGAGAGACGGCCAAAUCUUUUGAUGCCAGUAGGUAGCACAAGUACCAAAGUGGAACUGAGAGGAAACACACUUCUGCUGGAGUGCAUUGCCGGAGGAGUACCCACACCAGUUAUUCGCUGGAUUAAAGAAGGUGGUGAAUUGCCUGCCAAUAGGACAUUUUUUGAAAAUUUUAAGAAAACUCUUAAAAUCAUAGAUGUUUCUGAAGCUGAUGCUGGGAACUAUAAAUGUGUAGCAAGAAAUGUGUUAGGAUCUGUUCACCAUACCAUUACAGUAACUGUCAAAGCUGCUCCAUACUGGAUAACAGCACCUAGAAACCUUGUAUUGUCUCCUGGAGAGGAUGGAACCCUGAUCUGCAGAGCUAAUGGCAACCCAAAACCUAAUAUUAACUGGCUAGCCAAUGGUGUUACCAUAGCAAUUGCCCCGGUAGAUCCUAGUAGAAAAGUGGAUGGUGAUACCAUUAUUUUCUCUGAUGUGCAAGAAAGAUCAAGUGCUGUCUAUCAGUGCAACGCUUCCAAUGAAUAUGGCUACUUGCUGGCCAACGCAUUUGUGAAUGUUCUGGCGGAGUCACCAAGAAUCCUGACGCUUCCUAAUACACUGUAUCAAGUCAUUGCAAACCAUCCUGCAUUGCUAGAUUGCUCUUAUUUUGGUUCACCUAAGCCUGAAAUUAAAUGGUUUAAGGGAGUGAAAGGUAACAACCUGCAUGGUGAUGAGUAUGUUUUCCAUGAUAACGGAACCUUGGAAAUUCCGGUGGCACAGAAAGAUAGCACGGGCACGUAUACAUGUAUAGCAAGCAAUAAAUUAGGAAAGGAAGAAAAUGAGGUCCAGCUAGAAGUUAAAGAUCCAACAAUGAUUAUUAAACAACCUGAAUACAAAAUCAUUCAGAGGUCUGGUCAAGUUUACUUUGAGUGUACAAUUAAACAUGAUUCUACCUUACUACCAACAGUCACAUGGUUGAAGGACAAUAGUGAAUUGCCAGACGAUGAAAGGCUUAUUGUUGGAAAAGAAAAUUUGACCAUUUUGAAUGUGACUGAUAAGGAUGAUGGAACCUAUACCUGUGUUGCUAAUACUUCUCUGGACAGCGUUUCUGCAAGUGCUGUGCUCACUGUUGUUGCACAUCCAAACCCACCCUUUGAUUUAGAAUUGACAGGUCAUCUAGAAAGAAGCAUACAGCUUUCAUGGAUACCAGGAGAUGACAACAACAGUCCCAUUACAGAUUUUGUCAUUGAAUAUGAAGAUGUAAUGCAUGAACCAGGGGUAUGGCAUUACCAGACGGAAGUUCCUGGAACUCAGACAACUGCACAAUUAAAGCUAUCACCAUAUGUUAACUAUUCGUUCCGAGUUAUAGCUGUCAAUGAGAUUGGUAGAAGUCAGCCAAGUGAACCAUCUGAACAAUACCUGACAAAAGCUGCAAACCCAGAUGAAAAUCCUUCUGGCAUUCAAGGGAUUGGCUUGGAACCUGAUAACUUGGUGAUUACCUGGGAGCCUUUAAAAGGUUUUCAGUCCAAUGGACCAGGGCUCCAAUACAAAGUCAGUUGGCGCCAGAAAGAUGCUGAUGAUGAGUGGACUUCUGUUAUUGUUGCAAAUGUUUCUAAAUAUAUUGUGUCUGGUACACCAACCUUUGUUCCAUAUGAGAUAAAAGUACAAUCUUUAAAUGACCUGGGAUAUGCACCAGAGCCAUCAGAGGUGAUUGGACAUUCUGGAGAAGACUUACCAAUGGUUGCUCCCAACAAUGUGCAGGUCCAUGUUAUUAACAGCACACUAGCAAAGGUGCAUUGGGACCCAGUUCCCCUAAAAACAGUCCGAGGGCACCUUCAAGGAUACAGAAUUUACUAUUGGAAAGUGCAGAGUUUAUCUCAAAGAAGUAGACGGCAUGUGGAAAAAAAGAUCCUGACCUUCAAUGGAAACAGAACGCAUGGAAUGUUGCCAGGACUGGAGCCUUACAGCUCUUACAGGCUGAAUGUGAGAGUUGUUAAUGGUAAAGGGGAAGGACCAGCAAGCCCUGACAAAAUAUUUAAGACUCCUGAAGGAGUUCCCAGUGCACCUUCAUUUUUGAAGAUCACUGAUCCAAUGCUGGACUCUCUCACUUUGGAAUGGGGUUUACCCACUUACCCAAAUGGCAUUUUGACAGCAUAUAUACUGAAGUUUCAGCCAAUUAACAGCACACAUGAAUUAGGCCCUUUGGUAGAGAUCAGAAUUCCUGCCAACGAGACCAGCUUGAUAUUAAGAAAUUUAAAUUACAGCACUCGAUACAAGUUUUACUUUUAUGCACAAACAUCGGUUGGAUCUGGAAAUCAAAUAACUGAGGAAGCAGUAACAAUUAUGGAUGAAGUGCGACCAGUUUAUCCAAGGAUCAGAAAUGUUUCUGCAGCUGCUGCUGAGACCUAUGCCAAUAUCAGUUGGGAGUAUGAGGGACCAGAUCAUGUGAACUUUUAUGUUGAAUAUGGUGUAGCAGGCAGCAAAGAAGAUUGGAAAAAAGACAUUGUAAAUGGUUCUCGGAGCUUCUUUGUGUUAAAGGGUUUAACACCAGGAACAGCAUAUAAAGUCCGGGUUGGUGCUGAGGGUCUGUCUGAUUUUAUGAGUUCAGAGGAUGUAUUUGAGACAGGUCCAGCCAUGGCGAGCCGGCAAGUUGACAUUGCUACUCAAGGAUGGUUUAUCGGUCUAAUGUGUGCAGUUGCUCUUCUUAUCUUGAUUUUGCUGAUUGUUUGCUUCAUAAGGAGGAACAAAGGCGGCAAAUACCCUGUGAAGGAAAAAGAAGAUGCACAUGCUGAUCCGGAAAUUCAGCCUAUGAAGGAAGAUGAUGGAACAUUUGGUGAAUACAGGUCCAUGUCUACGUGGACAAUAAAGAAAAAGGACAAAGAAAGGAAAAAAAAUUAUAUCUGUACCGUCAAAUCUUCUGAAGCAGACCCUGGCUUUACCAAAGCAGCGUCUGUGAAAUCUGAGCGAUCCAACUUGUCCAGAAGGUCAGGAGUUCAUUCCUCCAGGACCAGAUCAGAGGCCUCCUUCUCCAGGAGAAGGGCUAGGCAGUCUUCAGAACUCUCAAGGGUUAGUUCUGUCUACACUUCCCUCUCCUGGGAGAAAAAGAAAUCAGACAAAUGGAAAUCCAGGGAUGACUCUAGACAUCAUGCUUCUCAGCAACAGAUAAUGGGGUCAGAAGAGGGCUCAGAUACUCAGGCAGGACAGCAUUCUCCCUUCCAACAACAGUCCAGCCAGGCCCAAGAUCAGGGGUCUCUGGCAGGACAACCUUCCUCAUUCCAGCGAUGGUUUAGCCAAACUCCAGACUACAGCUCAGACACAGAAGAUAACCAGUGUUCCCAUCACAGGAAGGUAAGGCCUUCACAUUUCUCUGAAUCUGACAAAAAUUCGCUAAUGAGAGCUGUAAUACUGCCUGAGAUUACUACCAUUUUAAAGGAUGCACUGACUGUGGCCAGGCACAGAAUGACCUCUUCUGCUCAGGCUGGACUUUUUCCUGUAAAGAAUUCCAAAGCCACACACACAGCAGUUGCUCUGGUUCUUCCUGAAACAUCUGAGGACCAAUCUCAGAUCUUAAUGCGUGAAGGUAUGGACAGUUUAAACGAGCUAGCGGUUUCUGAUCUGGAGAAGUCUAAGGUUGACAGGGCAUUUGAAGAUGAAUCACCCACUGAGGAUGAGGAAGUCUCCCCUGAAUCCUCUGUGGAGGAACAGGAGGACUCAGAGCCCACAUGUAAAUUUAACAUGGAAAAUCAGAAUGAUUUAUUUAAGCAAAUUAAGAGAGUGCUGAGGCUAAACCCCCCAAAAUCUGAACAGCAUUCAGAAGAACCACCUAUCCUCUCUGAAGAGGACAGGGCCCUUCCCAUCCACGUAGCGGUGGAGAAGCUGGUCUGUAGAACUUGGAAUAAUCCUGAGGCAAUACAUGAGGCCCCAACAGUUCUGCCUAAACUCUACCCAAUUCCAGCGGAUAAAGCUUCCUUAUGGGGGGGACUUUACCCAAAAUAGACUCUGCAGUGAUCAUUGGUGAUGCCAAAACCUCUCUACCUACUCACAUGACUACUAGCCCUAAAGAUCCUAUUGAUAAAAAGGUUGAGUCAGCAAUUAAGAAAUCUUUCAAGUUAGCUGCAGCCCAACUUGGAGUGUCUAUCUAUUCUAUCCAUGCUUCCAGAGCCUUACUAAUCUGGCUGGAAAAAGAACUAUCCAGGAGCAAAUCCAGAGCCCAGCAGAGAACACACAGUCUCUGUAGAAUUGCUGCUAGUUUCAUCCAUGACGCAGCUGAGGAUUCUCUCAGGCUUACAGUUAAAAAUAUGGCAUGCCUCACAGUAGCCAGGAGGGACAUCUGGUUAUGCCCCUGGUCCUCAGAAUUAGAACUAAUGUGCCAACUGUUAUCUUUGCCAUACAAAGGAGGCAUGUUAUUUGGUGAUCCCUUAGUCCAGGCUCUUAAGAGUUACUCAGAGCAAAAGCAUUCUCUGCAUUGUCAGAAAAAGAAAAGAUCCUGCGCAAGCUCUUCAUUUUUCUAUUCUCGCAAAUGCCAGACCACCUGCCGCUCUCCUCCAAAAUAUAAAGGGGGAAAAGGAAUUUAUUGGGGCUCUCGAUCCUUUCCUGCGAACUACAUAAAGGAGUCACAUUUUCAAAGAGACAACAGAUCCACCAAGAGGAAUUUUCUGACUAUAUAAUGCUGUUUCUCAGUGUUUCAGGAACCAGCAUGGAUGGAAUUCUUUUAAAUGCUCAUCAAAUGGACUCUGAUACUAAUGGCUGCAUAUAUCAUUUAAUAGUCUGAAUAGGUUUGAGGCCAGAAUCUGUAGAAAAAUCUUUUGUUCUUACUGAAUUUCUUCUCCAGAGAAAAAAGCAGAAAACAUCAUCAACUCUGUCUUAGUUUUUAUGAAUUCAGGCUGCGAUAUUAAGCCUUAGUGAAGAAAGGAAUCUGGGUGACUGCCUCUAGAAUUAAUUCUGAAUUUCAGGUGGCCCAGUCAGUUUGUAAAAAAGAAAAAUAAUAAUGUUGAAUCGUCCCUAACGGUCAUCAGGAAGUAUACACAGUAAAUUCAUAGAAUCCUUAUUUAUGCACAUUAUACUUGUAUCUCAGUACUUACAUUUUAAUUCAACAGCAUUUUCAGUAUCAUCCACUUCCACUGUUUCAGAUUCUCUCAUGUUAUUCUCCAGGGUCAUGGUGGAAGUGAUUUUAAGAAAGUAUAAUCUUGUAGUUAGAGAACAGGCAGUUUCAAACAAGGUACAAAUAAUUCUUUUAUCAGUUAAUAGCUUCAGUGAAGUCACAGAAAUCAGCUUUAAGAGGUUUGGGUGUCACAUUCACGUUCUAGACUUCCUAGAACCUAGCACAGAUGUAGUCUUAGACUUGAUUCAGUUAAGUACUCGUCAGUUGUCACUUCCCCAUCUGAGGGUACAGACUCUGUGCAGCCUUUAUGAACUGGUUUAGCCUAGUAGUUUGUCAAACUAUCCCUUUGCCGAGAUCAGGAAGGCAAUGGUACAUAGUGACUGGAGAUGCAAGCAUACCUUGACUGUCACCUGUCACAUAGGCUAGGGACAGACCUUACAUAAACCAGUUUAAGUGAUCAGAAACUGGUUUAAACCCAUAA